AUGGUUUGUACAACUUAUAAUACAAUAUUCAGUCGAUAUUAUUCAUCUGUUUACUAUCCUAUUGUACAAGGUGCAUUACCAAUGAUAAUUGCAUCAUUAUUCAGUUUUUUGGCUUUUCGAAAUGUUCGCCGAAUUGUUCGACGACAAAUUCCAAUUGUACGUCGUCGACUUGAUCGACAAUUCACAGCAAUGGUUCUUGCUCGUGUCGCUUGUCUUGUAGCUUUUAUUCUACCCUAUGCAAUCUAUCGAAUAUAUGUACUUAAUAUAAUUGUCAAUCAAGAUCAAUUUGUUUUAUUGGCAAUUAAUAAUAAUCUACUGGCAUCACUCACUAUUACAUUUUUCUAUGUUAAUUAUGCAGUAAGUCAUCUAUGA